ACGGCGAAAGUGCACGCACCCUGCGUCCGGACGUAUAAACGCAUGCGUUGCACGCCGCGCGCCACUCGCGAAUUGAGCACGAAUAGGUGCGCGCGCGCAUGCCGCCUUACCGCAACGUGAACUCUGGUGCGCGAAAAAAGUGCAUAGUGGUAUUAAUUUUCAAAAUUUGUGACCAAUUUCAUACUUUCUACGGGUGUGAAGUGCAAGUCCAUUUUUGAACGCGAUAUAUCAAGCCGUUUGCAACAAGAUUGCAGAGCAUCUAUCGGAAACUUGCUGUGAGAUUUAUGGUUUAACUACACUGUUGGGCAACCUGAGAGCACCCUUCACAUUACUGGCUGACGCUUUCCGUUUAUGAGAUAAUCAAGAUGGAUUUAUCAAUAACUUUCGUGCUCCUAGUUCUCAUAUGCCACGUCCAUAGUGCACCCAACUCUAGAAGGUCACGAGCGGCUGGUGUAUCACUAGAAGAAACUAACAGUCGCCAAAGCAAACUUGAAGAGAAAUUCAAAGAGUCCAGCACAACAGCAUCACCAGCACCCAGUAACAGAAAAAAUAAAGCGCUUAAUCUAUUCGGUUACUUCCCCUCAUUUCUAUCUUCUGGUUUAGAUUAUUCUGAAGACGAUGACGACGACGUAACCUUUUCUGUAAAUGAUGAUCAUUUCGAUGAUGAAGAUCUAUCACGGACGAUACCUUCGAGACGCCGACAGCAGAAUAAGAAGAAAAACGGAAAUGGAGACUAUCAAAAUGACAACAUUAAUUCCUUGCAGUAUGAUAAUUCACCGAUAUUCUAUAUCAGACUGCCUCCAACACCAUAUAUGUUUGUGCCUGGUUUAGGCUACGUGUCGCAACCUCCCAGCAUGGGACCACCAAUGGGUCCUAUGAUGCCUCCAGGUGUCCCUCCUGUGGCUGAUCCAUUCAUUAAUUUACCUAUAGACUUUAUAUCGAAUGGAAAACCUACUGGCGUCUACCAAUGGAAUGGUGGGGCUGGUUAUCCACAAGUGCCUCAAAUGCCCCAGUUGCCACCAGUUGACUUCGGAUAUGGUGGACCACAGCCUAUGAUCCCUUCGGUACCUCGACCAGGAUAUAAUACACCUUCGUAUUCUAAGCCCAAACCUAAACCUACUCCGAGUAACUCCAAAGUUACGAACCUGAAAGGUCCUUACGUUUUUAAUGGCAAACCUAAUGAUAACGUAUAUGUUUUAAGGGACACAUAUAACUCAAUAUACUCGGAUGCCCUUCAAAAUUUCUAUCCUUAAGUUGGGCAUCGUUACUUUUAAUUAAUAUGUGGCUCGUAUCGAGCUGUUGUAAUUAAGAACUUUGGUGAUUCAGAAACGUUUUCUAUAAAGAUAGCACGCACACUGACAUGAACAUAGAGCAUAGUUUCAAUAUUUUAUUUUUAUAUAGAUUUGAUUAUUUGCAUAAUGCCAUAAAAAAGUAAUUUACGCAGACAUCAACGAUCAAUAUUUUUUUGAAUCAACUAUUUGUGUUAAUAUUUUAUAUUCAUCAACAACUAAAUUAAUUACAAACUUAUUUUCUUAUUUCAUGAAAAAUUGUAAAUUUUUAGUUUGCCUAUUUUGAAGUAUAGUUAUCAUUGCAAAUGUAAUUAACCAUAGGCAUAAUUUUUGUUGUUAUUCCAAAUUAUGCCUCGUUACGAUUUACUUACGCAGAAAUUUUUAACACAAUAUAUUUUUAAAGCAAUAAUCUCUCGAUAAGAAUAUUACAUUAUUAUUUUACGCUUUCAUUUAUUUACGAGUUUAUUUUAAAUUACUAGAUUUAAUAGGUCCAUAUAAGUAAAUUGUUUUUAAAUUAUUUAAAAUAUUACUGUAGAAUUAAGUACGAAUCUACACAAGAGGUCUUGUAAAUGAAAAAAGAAAUCAGAUAUAACUUUACAUUUUAUUUUUAAUAUAAAGUCUUAAACUUUAUUUCAUAAUAAAAUAGAUAAAAACAAUGAACAUUGUAUUGUAUUAGUUUCAAACGAUACGACUAAUAUAGUUAUGAAAUAGACUAACAGAGUAGAGUGUGAUUAUUUUACAUUAUUACGAAUAUAAAAAUACUCGACUAAUUUUAUUUUUAUACGUAUUAUUAAACAAUAAGUAAGUAGUAAGUGAUCAGUUGACAAUUUUUUUUAUGAAGUAGUGUUUUCAGUCAAUACCUACUAGCUAGUUGUCACGAGUUAAUAUGUUAAAUUAAGGAUAUUUAUUUUUUUAAUUAAUUUAUUAUUGAAUAAUAGCUUACUUUCUAAAUGUACGUACAAAUUUGUAAAAAUAAAUCCGUCCUCAAUUUUUAAUGAAUUCUAAAUUAUAAUUUGUAACGUAAAAUAGGCAUAAUUGUAAACACAAGUAGGUAGGUACGUAUAAAUAAUUUUACAUGUAAAUAAUUAGGUAGAUACUAAUUGUACUUAUCUAAAUUAUUUAUCGGUUUCUGAUUUAAGUUUAACUUAAACUCAUUGGUAUCGCUUGAAGAUUAUAAAAAUGUAGCUGCUUAUUGAAAACAGAAUUAUACCUACAGUUAAAUCAGAAACCGGUCUUUUAAGACUAGAAAACCGUAAAAUUUAAAUACCUAAUAAUAAUGAUGCUUUUUUUCAUCAGUUCCACAUAUUGCUUAAAUUUAACUAAAAAAUAAAUUGUAUCUAGUAUAAAAAUGUUUAUUCUAAGUCUCUCAGUCUUGGUAAUAUGAUUAAUGCACUUUGCCUUAUCGAUGAUAUUAUACUAAUAGUAGUUAAUAAAAAUCUAUGCAUAAUUAAUUAAUAUUCUAUAGGAAUACAAUGGUGCUGCAUCACGAUAUGUAUUGUAGGUACAUGUAAUCCUCGCCUUAGAGAAUACGAACUGCUGAAUAUCCAUCGUCAUAUACAAACAUCAUUGCAUGCAAAAUUUAUUGCAUCUACAUCGUAUAUAACAAAAUAUAUUCCAUAAGAAUAGAUGUGCAUGCCUAAUGGUAUGCCUCUGUACGUAUACCCUGUAAUUUCACUGCCAUUAUCUCACCUUUCAAACUGAACACGUCCGUAGAAGCAAGCUGCUUGGCAACAGAAAUAUCUAAGUGUAUUUAACAAAAAAAUAGAAUGUAGAUAAUUAUGAAAAGUACCUUAUACUUUGAAUACAGAACAAAGUAUCUUCAGUUAGAUAUUUUUAUCUUAAAAUAUGUUAGAAAUGUAAUAUUUAUUGAGUAAACUACUACCUACAGAUUUUUGUAGUUGAUUCUAAAUUCUGAUAUAAAAGUGUUCCCCAAACGUUUUAGUGCCUUAGCCUUUAUAAAAUUCUUAUGCAAUCUGAGUUACUAUCUUAGAUAAUAUUCUUUAUACUUUGUUUUCCAGUUAAGUUUAUAGAAUAUUUCUUUUAAUUAAAAGCAUUGCCUUAUACAAAAAUAAAGUAAAUGAAAGUUACUUCAUUUACGAUAGCGUAAAUAUAUGUAGGUACGUAAAUACAUCUGAAUUUGUCUACUAUAUAAAUAUGUCUUGUAUCAUAAUAAUGUCAACAGUAAUGUGUUUUUAUUUAUAAGUUAUGAAACCAGUAAUUUAAUUUAUAUUAUGUCUGAUAAUACAAUAAAAUAAAUUAUACACCUA